AUGAUUGUGUGUGUGUGUGUGUGUGUGUGUGUUGUGGGGAUGAAAUCCAGUUUGGUGGCUUGGAUUGCACCACCGUGCCGCAUUUAUCGGAUUAGUGCACUUGGGGGGCUUGGAGGCGGCGCGCAGUGUCUGGCCGACGGCCGAGAGAAGGGCAUGCUGCGUCACAGGGAGGUCCGCAUCAAAAUCCCCCUGCCCAACCUGCAGGGCUGCUGCUUCAACUCGAAUCCCUCAGGAGUGGCGCGCGUGAGGAAAAAACUGGUGAUCGUCGGAGAUGGGGCGUGCGGAAAGACUUGUUUGCUCAUCGUUUUCAGCAAAGACCAGUUCCCUGAGGUCUACGUGCCGACCGUCUUUGAAAACUACGUAGCAGACAUCGAGGUGGAUGACACACAGGUGGAGUUGGCGUUGUGGGACACGGCGGGACAAGAGGACUACGACCGGCUGCGUCCCCUUUCAUACCCGGACACGGACGUGGUUCUCGUGUGCUUCUCGCUCGACUCGCCAGACUCGCUGGAGAACAUCGCGGAAAAGUGGACGCCGGAGGUGAAGCACUUUUGUCCGAGCGUGCCGGUGCUGCUGGUGGGCCUGAAGAAGGACCUGCGCGGCAGGGUGGGCGGCUGCGUGGCCGCCGAGGAGGGCCGCGCCAUGGCCGACAAGGUGCACGCCUACGGCUACCUCGAGUGUUCGGCCAAGAACAAGGACGGCGUGCAGGAGGUCUUCGAGGCGGCCACCAGGGCGGCCCUGCAGACGCCCCGCCGCCGCCGCCCCCUCCGUUGCACCCUCCUCUGACCUGCUACUCACCUCCCUCCCAUUCCAUAACCGACACCUGCAGAUUGGGGGCUUUUCCAACCAUUUGAAUUAAUAUUUGUAAUGCUGAGACUGAAUUAAAAAAACGCAAUUUCUCUUUAAAUUGCCAUGAAAAUUAUUAAAAAAAACACACAAGAAAAUUUCUUUUGGAUAUGUUGAUGCAAAAUUCCAACCUUUUUGCUAAAAAAAUACCUGGCUUGAAUAAAAUUUGGACAAAUCCCACGUUUUUUCCUUAAUUAUAUCCAAUUUUAAAUUCUGGCCUCAGGAAAUUUAAAUUUUUAUUUCUAUUUGGGUCAUCUAGAAUAUUAAAUAAUUUUAAGCAGAUUAAAAAAUAUUUCCGGUCAGAUUAAAAAGAUUGUUUAGAAACACUCUGGUAAUUUUGCAAAAAUUGUAAGAAAAAGUUUUUUAAUUUUAAACCGUACUGUCAAUUUUUAGAACUUUUUCUUACAAUAUUAUUUUUUUAAACAAUAAUUUUCCUGUAAUAUUUGGAAGCCAUGAAUUUUUUUAAAUUUUCCUGUAAACCAGAUUUCCAAUAAAUUAAAAAUAGCACAUUUAAAUUAUAAUUGACUAUAUCUGGCAAUAAAAAAAAUGCCACCUUACAAAAAUACCUGAGCCAAUGUAAAUCACUAAGAUGUUUUAAAAUAUUAAAUCUGUAAAAUUUAUCAGACGCCUUGGCAUAUAAUUUUAAUUUAAAUUGCAACCCCUGCUCUAAUCUGCACGUCGGGAUACUGCGUCUAGAUCAUGCGGACCACAACAGCCAUUUUCAGUUCUUUUUUUUUGGAAAAUAAAAUUAGUGAAUAAACUCA